AUGCAAAGUGGCAGCACACGUUUCUGUCCACGGAGGUCUGAUCCCUCAAAGCAGAUCAAGUUCCUGGUGGAUCUCCUGUCUCAAGCAGCAGAGUGGGAGGAGCAGACAGGAGAGAAGACACUGAAGCUGGUAUCAUCAGUGUGGACUUACAGCACCUUUCCUUUUCUCAAUGGAGACAAUUCUGAACAGAGUGAUUUCCUGCUGGAUCUGUACUCUCAUGUGAAGGACUAUGAGACUCAAACAGGCAGGAGUGUCCUUCCAGCAUUACAGCCAGUUUACCAGUCAGCCAGUCCUGCAGUCUGGUCCAUAGACCUCUCAGAGAGAAAGGCCUCCCUCCUCCUAGAAGUGCUGAAACUCCAACCAGAGAAGAAACCAGUAGAGCUGAAGGGCUGGUCAGAUGAAGAGAGUGAAGUGAGGAGUUUCCUUCAGUGUCUGUCCUACAUCUCACAGCUGAGUUUCUAUCCACGGAGGUCUGAUCCCUCAAAGCAGAUCAAGUUCCUGGUGGAUCUCCUGUCUCAAGCAGCAGAGUGGGAGGAGCAGACAGGAGAAAAGACACUGAAGCUGGUAUCAUCAAUGUGUACUUACAGCACCUUCCCCUUCUAUGAUGAUGAUGAUGAUGAUGAUGGUGACGAUAAUAAGGAAUAUCAAUGUGAUUUCCUGCUGGAUCUGUACUCACAUGUGAAGGACUAUGAGACUCAAACAGGCAGGAGUGUCCUUCCAGCAUUACAGCCAGUUUACCAGUCAGCCAGUCCUGCAGUCUGGUCCAUAGACCUCUCAGAGAGAAAGGCCUCCCUCCUCCUAGAAGUGCUGAAACUCCAACCAGAGAAGAAACCAGUAGAGCUGAAGGGCUGGUCAGAUGAAGAGAGUGAAGUGAGGAGUUUCCUUCAGUGUCUGUCCUACAUCUCACAGCUGAGCUGUGGUGAUGACAGGUUCUUCCAGACUGUGUGUGAAUCCAUCCCUGUGAGGUCCAGAGAGGAGGACCAGCAGUUGGCCUCUCUUCUCCAGGCCUUGGGCUCCACCCUGUCACUGGGAGGAGAGUUACCCAGGAAAACCUGCAGGUCUGUGGGGAGAGUCCUGGGUCUCUGUGCCUCCAGAGUGGACCUCACUCUCACCCCCAGCAAGAUCUCUCUCCAAGGAGCCGCACUUCUUUUGAGACAUGAGUCAAAGCUCCACAAGCUCAGGCUGAAUCUGGGUAUGGCAGUGAAACUGUCCAGACUGGUUAGGAGGACAGGGAGAGGUGCUACUCCACUGACUGUCCCAGAACUCUCCCUGGUCCUAAAGAGCAGCCAGCCACCAGAGAGAGUGUUAUCCAGGGCUCUGAGUAGUGUGGCGUCCCUGCUGAGACUCUGGAGGGUUCAGUGUCUGGACCUGACUAACUUCCGGAUCCAGGGUCACUCUCUCAUCACACUGCUGUGUCACCAGGGACCUCUCUCUCUCAGACUGAACUCAGACACUCUGCAGCAGCUGACUGUAGUUGUGUAUGAAGCUCAGGACGAGGACUUGACUCAGUGGUUCCUGGAGAAGGUUGGUGGAGACCUGACCUCCUGCAGGCUGGACUGGGAAGUGCUUCUCUCUCUGCUGCAGCAUUCAACCCACAACAUCACUGUGGACCUCAGGAAGAACAGGUUUCUAGAGAAGAACAUCUCAGAUCUUCUCCCCUUUCUGGGAAGGGUUACUCUCAAGAGCCCCAGCAAAGCUCUGCUACUUCAGCUGCUGGACCUUGUGUGUGAGGGGAUUGAAGAGGGGCUGCUGAGGCACGCAGAGUCCCUGUGCAGAGCCCUGGAUGGGGAGCUGGACCUCAGUGAGACCAGGCUGGACCAGAAGGCCUGUGGAUCUCUGGCCCUGGUUCUGGAACACUCAGAGGGUCUGUCAGAACUGGACCUCAGCCACUGUCAACUCACAGACCACCACCUACAGCCCCUGAUCACACACCUGCAUAAAGUACAAGUCCUGGACCUGAGCCACAAUGACAUCACUGAUGCUCUGACUGACAGUAUACUCCAACUGGUUUCUGCCAACACUUCAAUACACACCGUACGACUCUUCGACAACAGAAUCCAGGACAGAAGACCCUUCCUGACAGACAAGAGGUUUAACAUCUGGUGAAACAACAUCAGGUCUUAAUCCAGGAAGAGAAGGCUGAAUCCAGGACAGAAGACCCUUCCUGACAGACAAGAGGUUUAACAUCUGGUGAAACAACAUCAGGUCUUAGUCCAGGAAGAGAAGGCUGAAUCCAGGACAGAAGACCCUUCCUGACAGACAAGAGGUUUGACAUCUGGUGAAACAACAUCAGGUCUUAGUCCAGGAAGAGAAGGCUGAAUACAGGACAGAAGACCCUUCCUGACAUACAAGAGGUUUAACAUCUGGUGAAACAACAUCAGGUCUUAGUCCAGGAAGAGAAGGCUGAAUCCAGGACAGAAGACUCUUCCUGACAGACAAGAGGUUUAACAUCUGGUGAAACAACAUCAGGUCUUAGUCCAGGAAGAGAAGGCUGAAUCCAGGACAGAAGACCCUUCCUGACAGACAAGAGGUUUAACAUCUGGUGAAACAACAUCAGGUCUUAGUCCAGGAAGAGAAGGCUGAAUCCAGGACAGAAGACCCUUCCUGACAGACAAGAGGUUUAACAUCUGGUGAAACAACAUCAGGUCUUAGUCCAGGAAGAGAAGGCUGAAUCCAGGACAGAAGACUCUUCCUUACAGACAAGAGGUUUGACAUCUGGUGAAACAACAUCAGGUCUUAGUCCAGGAAGAGAAGGCUGAAUCCAGGACAGAAGACCCUUCCUGACAGACAAGAGGUUUAACAUCUGGUGAAACAACAUCAGGUCUUAGUCCAGGAAGAGAAGGCUGAAUCCAGGACAGAAGACCCUUCCUGACAGACAAGAGGUUUAACAUCUGGUGAAACAACAUCAGGUCUUAGUCCAGGAAGAGAAGGCUGAAUCCAGGACAGAAGACCCUUCCUGACAUACAAGAGGUUUAACAUCUGGUGAAACAACAUCAGGUCUUAGUCCAGGAAGAGAAGGCUGAAUCCAGGACAGAAGACUCUUCCUGACAGACAAGAGGUUUAACAUCUGGUGAAACAACAUCAUGUCUUAGUCCAGGAAGAGAAGGCUGAAUCCAGGACAGAAGACCCUUCCUGACAGACAAGAGGUUUGACAUCUGGUGAAACAACAUCAGGUCUUAGUCCAGGAAGAGAAGGCUGAAUCCAGGACAGAAGACUCUUCCUGACAGACAAGAGGUUUAACAUCUGGUGAAACAACAUCAGGUCUUAGUCCAGGAAGAGAAGGCUGAAUCCAGGACAGAAGACCCUUCCUGACAGACAAGAGGUUUGACAUCUGGUGAAACAACAUCAGGUCUUAGUCCAGACAGAGGAAGAGAAGAUGGAUGUUGAAGAUGGACAUAGUAGUUUCAAGAGUAGUAGGCAAGGCCCAGUUCUGUGACAUUUUAGUGACUGAGGACAUGGUUAGGAAGGCCCCA